GUCACGGCAAGAAGCUCCAGACUGACCAGCGCCAGGGGCGUCCCGCACUUCAGUAACCUUACGGCAGGUCCCGGGACGGCUAAGCAAUGAUACCUUAGGUGGCCAUGUCGAAACGCGACAUCGUCCUCACCAAUGUCACCGUUGUCCAGCUACUGCGACAGCCAUGCCCGGUGACCAGACCACCACCCCCACCUGAGCCCAGGAUUGAGGCAGACUGCCCGCCCCAGCCUGAGCCAGUCAGGGAGGAGGGAAAGCCACCAUCGCCACCUCCGAAGGCUUCUCCAUCCCGGGAGUUGACCGUUGGCAUCAAUGGAUUUGGACGCAUUGGUCGGCUGGUGUUGCGCGCCUGCAUGGAGAAGGGUAUUAAGGUGGUGGCAGUGAAUGACCCGUUCAUCGACCCAGAAUACAUGGUGUACAUGUUUAAGUAUGACUCCACCCAUGGCCGGUACAAGGGCAACGUGGAACACAGGAACGGGAAGCUGGUCGUGGACAACCAAGAGAUCGCUGUCUUCCAGUGCAAGACGCCCAAAGAAAUCCCCUGGAAGAGUGUUGGGAACCCCUAUGUGGUAGAGGCCACAGGCGUGUACCUCUCCCUAGAGGCAGUUUCGGAACACGUCUCAUCAGGCGCCCAGCGGGUGGUCAUCUGCGCGCCCUCACCAGACGCACCCACGUUUGUCAUGGGUGUGAAUGAAAACUCCUAUGACCCCGGCUCCAUGAACGUUGUCAGCAACGCCUCCUGCACCACCAACUGCCUGGCCCCGCUCGCCAAAGUCAUCCAUGAGUCUUUUGGGAUCGAGGAAGGGCUGAUGACCACAGUCCAUGCCUACACGGCCACCCAGAAGACAGUGGAUGGGCCGUCUAAGAAGGCCUGGAGAGACGGACGGGGCGCCCACCAGAACAUCAUCCCAGCCUCCACUGGGGCUGCCAAAGCUGUGGGCAAAGUCAUCCCAGAGCUCAAAGGGAAGCUAACAGGAAUGGCCUUCCGGGUACCAACCCCAGACGUGUCUGUCGUGGACCUGACCUGCCGUUUGGCCAAGCCUGCCUCCUAUUCGGCCAUCAAAGAUGCUGUAAAAGCAGCAGCCAAGGGGCCCAUGGCUGGCAUCCUUGCCUACACCGAGGAUGAGCCUGGCACACAACAAGUGCUCAUAACAUGCUCAGUGAACAAAAGACAACAGAGCUCCUAUUUUUUAGCAUUUGGCCAGUACCUUCCAUGUGAGGAGUUGAUGUCACCAUCAGAAGUGCCAUCUCUGUCGUCUCUACGGACUUCGUCAGCGACACCCACUCCUCCAUCUUCGAUGCUAAAGCCGGCAUUGCACUUAACGACAAUUUUGUGAAGCUCAUUUCCUGGUACGACAACGAGUAUGGCUACAGUCACCGGGUGGUCGACCUCCUCCGCUACAUGUUCAGCCGGGACAAGUGAAGGGGGAGGCCCCUCCUUUG